AUGUCUGCAUGGUGGCGUUAUGUUGUGAAAAAGACAGCUUAUCGUUUUGGGAUCCCAUUAGGUGAGCAUUUUAGAGUUGAGUUUGAAAUUCAUAUUAGAACAAGUUAUUUCAAAACAAACUAAUGGUUCGGCAUUUAUGUAUAAACAAACGAUGUGUAGGCUUAACAUUGAUCAGCUAAUUCACCGUAAUGGGCGUAUCAACUGGUCACGCGGGUAUAAUUCAGUACCGAAUACAACUUUGUUUGUAAGUUUCCAUGCCUAAAGCACGCUUUCCCAGUGAGCAAUUUAUUGCUUUGCGCUGCAAGUUUAUCAAGCAGGAUUUUCAUCUUUUUCAAAAAGCUUUAAGCAGAAGCAUAUAUUCAGUGUCCUCUACCAACUUUCACUAGAGCUCAAUUUACUCAAAGAGACUGCAUUCCUUCAACCUUCGCAUAUCAGACAAUGCAAGUCAGUGGACUCACUCAAAAAAGCUCAGUUAUUUGCAUGCAGUGUAUAGAGACACGGUCACCUAAAAUCCAACAAACUUGACAUCAUCAAAAGUGCGACAAACAGUACAACUUCCCAACUUUCGAGUUUAAUUAAUUUAUAUUUUCUUCCUUCGUUUCGAUUAUAAUAAGACCUAUUGUUUUCGAUCCGUUAUUUGAAACUUGUCCAAACUUCCUUAAAUUGACAUUAUUCCGCAGUUUGACCUUCUUAGAGACGGAUCAUUUAAUUUUUGCCGACGGGAACAUUUCUGAAGCAAGACUAUUGGCGAAAUGCAUGUUUAUGUCCAAAAGAGACGUCUAGAGUUUGCUCAAUUUUUACUGUCAUUUUUUCGGAGAUUCUAAAUUAUUCUAAAUUCGGAACUAUCUUAAUUUUUUGACGCUAAAUCGAGGAGGGGGGAGCGGCCCUUAUUUCAUUCUUCAGGAUUUCGACCUCACAACUACCCUGGGUGCCAGAGGCUUUUCAAGCGCGGUUUCCGGUUCCGGUCAAGUCUUCGCCGCUCGUGUCUUCGGCCGAAGGCGGAAGACGUGUCGGCCUGUGGCCGACAAAGCUCUUCGUCGCACGCGAGAAAAAUGUAAUUUCUGACGAAUGAGCCCGCGAAGAAGGCAGAAAUAAAUAUUUUGACGGCACGAGAUACAACAGGGCCUGGGUACUAGGCCGGGUGCACCAUGGGUAGCCAUAUCGGGGGUAUAUAAGGCUGCGUAUAUCACGUGUUCGUCAUCUAGGCUUACGAACCAACCUCUCCUUGGUUUUUCUUAAAUUUUUGUUUUAUUUAUUUUUAGGAGCAACAUAUUCUCGAUUACAUUGUAAAGUCCCGUAGGAAGGGCUUUGAGCUUGAGCCUUGGUUCCUACCCAGAUUUCCUGCCCGCAUUUUUUCCCUUCGGGGUUUUUUUGGGCAGGUUUUUUCUGGCCUCCGUCUGACCGCAUUUACUUCAGUUUGUAAGCGGUAGCUCAGCUCUGCUAGUUUUCAGCCUUUUUCCCGUUUCUUAUUUUACGUACUUGUACACUAGUUAUCUCAGUUUUGCACCUGCUCCUUUACUUGAUAUAUUUAGUUUCCAUGUAUGCUUAGGUCAGCUGUCCCGGAACCGCUCUUUAGGAGGCGACGUAAGUCUCGUUUGACGCAGUUAGGUUGCAGGCAAUGUUACAGACCUCUAGCCAGGGUCGUUAUUCAUUGUUUACCCUCAAUGUCCCGCCCUAGCCUUUUAUGGCAGUCUUACUGGUUAUUGGGCUACGUGCCUUGUUGGGUACAUUAGUGGAGAUAAUUCCCAGUUUUCCUGGCACUCAGCCUCUGUGCUCCUGAAGUGUUCCCGGUCCCAGUUAUACGUUGAUCACAGUUUUAUUAAAUUUCCCCGGCCUAACUGGCACUAAGCCUGCGUGCUUAUUUGGGGAUUCAGGUCGAGAUCGACCAGUUGUAGCAGUUUUUUUUUUUGCUUAGCCUCUGUGCUCCUACCGUGUUCCUCGUGCCAGUUAUGCGUUGUCUGAGUUUUAUUAAUUAGUUUCUCCAGCCUAACUGCCAGCCUAACUGGCACUAAGCCUGUGUGCUUAUUUGGGGGAUUCAGGUCGAGAUCGACCAGUUGUAGCAGUUUUUUCUUUUUGCUUAGCCUCUGUGCUCCUACUGUGUUCCUCGUGCCAGUUAUGCGUUGUCUGAGUUUUAUUAAUUAGUUUCUCCAGCCUAACUGGCACUAAGCCUGUGUGCUUAUUUGGGGGAUUCAGGUCGAGAUCGACCAGUUUUAGCAGUUUUUUCUUUUUGCUUAGCCUCUGUGCUCCUACCGUGUUCCUCGUGCCAGUUAUGCGUUUUCUGAGUUUUAUUAAUUAGUUUCCCCAGCCUAACUGGCAGCCUAACUGGCACUAAGCCUGUGUGCUUAUUUGGGGGAUUCAGGUCGAGAUCGACCAGUUGUGAGGAGUUUUUUCUUUUUGUUUAGCCUCUGUGCUACUACCGUGUUCCGUGUGCCAGUUAUGCCAGUUAAACUUAUUUGCCAUUACGUUUUGUCUGUUGAUGUUGUGUAGUGGAGUCAAAAUAACCAGUACCUCACAACCGACAUUUGGCUACAACGUAUCUUUCGGUAUGCAACCAAGUUUUUAAUGACGCCUAUGAUUUUUAACUGUAUUUUAGUACACGUAUUUAUACUUUUAUGCUCCAUAAAUUUAUCUUGGUAUUUUUAGAUUUUAGACUUUUGUUUCUUGUACAUGUUUAUCUCGGUAUUUUCACAUUUUGAUUUCUACAUUGGCAUAAUGAUUGUACAGCGCUAUGGAGGAUUAGCUGAAUAAGUUUUGAAAAGAGCACUUAUUCGAAUGGUGCAGUUAUUAUGAGGAAGCUAAUUGGGGGUUUUCACAUGACGUCACCAAAAUUCAAACUAAGGAAUUAUCGAUACUUCUGAGUUUCUUCUUUCAUGAGGUAUUACAGCACCUAAACACCUUUAUUUACGACAAAUGUUCGGUUCCAAGGGUUCUUGGUUUUGCGAUAGAAGACGCUUGAGUAACCAGGCUUUUGGGUGACGCGCCAUUUGUUGACCACUUUGUCCAUACAGAAGAGUACAGUCGAAUCUCACUUAACGGACACCUCGGUAAAACAGACACCUGGAGUUGGUCCCUGACAACUCUCUACUCCCUUUAUUCUUCUCUCUGUGAGAUGGAUAUUACAGUCAGCUCUCUCCUUUACAGACACCUUUGGGACCGUCAUAUAGAGAGUCAAAUAUAGGGGAUUAAGAAAGGCAGGGUCCAACUCUAGGUGUCCUUUUUACCGAGGUGUCCGUUAAGAGAGAGUCAACUAUAGUCUUAGACGGACACUUAGUCCUGGUCCCAAAGGUGUCCAUGUUAUUGUCCAUCUUGGAGAGAGCUGACUAUAAUAGAUAGUCCCCCCGCCCCAUCCCCAGGAAAAAAAAACAUUAGAAAGAGCCACAUAUAUUUAAUGACAUUUUUUCUUGUUAUGUUUCCUCAGCCAUCAUAAGAUGUUGCUGUCCUUGUUGUUUACGAGGCGAGCCGGAAGAAAAAACAAGGGUAAAGGUUUCCUAUGACGAUGAAAAAUCCCCAAACCACACUGAGGAAAACGUAAGGUUGCUUAAACCAGACGAACAACCGGAAGACGCGAUCAAAGAAAGCGAGGAAACAGUGAAAAAAGACGAUGACACUCCUGAAACGAAUCACAACGAAGAAGACGAAGAUUCACCGAAAAAUCGCACGAGGAACAUUUUGGAAAUGACCAAAGAAAACUCGGAAGAUGACGGAUCCGAAGUGGUGGAGUACGUUGACGAAAAUGGUCGACGGGUUCGUCGGAUUGUGAAGAAAACGAUUACCACCACGAUUUCUACAAGAAGUGGUUCAAGCGGGGAUGGAACCAACAACGUCAAGACCGAAACCACAGAGAUCACUGUAGGAGGUAAUGACCAAGACAAAAACAGCGAGUUUCAGCCUAGGAAACUCCAAGAAAGAGAUGUAUUUUUAGAUUUUGAUACUACACCCAAAGCAAGAGGGGAGCGCUUGAUUAACUUUGAAGUCAAAGGAGAGGCAUUUCCCAAACACGACGUCAAGACGGUUGAGAAUAAAGGUUACACUACCACCAUCACAACAGGGUCUCCAGGAGGUAAGACCGAAAGCAAUAGCUAUAGUUCAGUAUACAAGAGGACUGUAGUGACCAAGACGAUUGGGGGACCCGAGAACCGAAGUGUUGUCGAACACUCUACGACGUCUUCCAGAGGUGAAGGCGAACAGCCGAUUUGGGUUGUCAGGAAAGAUAAAUCCAAAUUUGAUGUGCCCGAGUGGAUGGAAGAAAGUAAGUCGCCCGAGGAAAAACGUAAAAAUCCAGAACUAUCGGACAUAAGUGUUCAAUUGAAAUAUCCCGGUGGUUAUAAAUCACAAAUGAAAGAACCGGACGAGAAAGGCAACGAGAGCAAGAUCCGCCCGGAAGUGGCAACACGGGAAAAGCCGGAUAUUUCAAUUCUUAGCCUUGAGAAUAUCGUCAGAGAAAACGAGAAGAAAAAAGACGAAAUCAAAGGAUCAGAGAAAACAGAAGUCCAAUCAACACCGCCUCUGGCUGACAAAGAAGCUGAUGAUGACGACGAAGACGAGGAAGAGGAAGAGGAGGAGGAGGAAGAGGAAGAGGAAUACGAUGAGUUUGAAGAAGAGAUUGUUGUUAUGGAGGUCACAAGAAAAGCGCGUUUCCCGAAGGCGCUGGAAACUCCAAAACCUGAGCCAGAAAAAGUGGGAGUCCCUAUCGAAGACCUUCUGGAGAUUCCCACACUACAAGUGCAGCAGGAAUCGGCUCCUGUAGAUGAAUUGUUCUUCGAGGAGAAAAUCGAAGCGGUGGAACGCCAACCACAGGUUUUCUCCGAAGCACCAGAUUUUAAAUCCUUUGGACUUCAAUAG